AUGGCUCCAGAACAUACACAAGCUCAACAUACUAAGUCCCAUCUGUUCGGUGCCACUACCGACUCUAAUAUUGCUCAAGAUCAUCCACAACAAGCUCAAUAUUCCCGGUCCGGCCUAUUUGCUACCGCAGCUUACUCUGGCAUGGCUCCAGAACAUUCACAACAAGCUCAAACUGCUAAAACCGGUCUGUUUGCUACCACAACCUACUCUGGCAUAGCUCCAGAAUAUUCACAGCUAGCACAAACUGCCAAGUCUGGCCUAUUUGCUACUGCAUCUUACUCUGGUAUGGUUCCAGAACAUCCACAGCAAGCUCACACUAUGAAGACAGCUCCCAGUGUGCUUCCUAUCAUGGCUCAUCCCGUGCCAGCUCCGGAACAUUCACAACAAGCCCACUCUCUGGGAGCAGCCUGUGGGGUACAACCUACUCCCUCACAGUAUGGUUUUGGUUUGGACAAUCCACAAGUUAGUUCUUUGAAGACGGUGCCUGGUUUACACUUUGGUCCAGAUGCAGUACGUGAAGACUUCGCUCGUUUCCCACAAGGUCGCGAGGGCGUUCAUCCUCUAUCGUACACUGGUAACAUCAACCAGACAUGCCAGAACGGUUUACAACACUCAACCUACUUAUCUGAGCAGGAGAAGAGGGCCUCGUCAAAAGCCUCAGACAGCUUGGGAGAGAGCUGGCGUCGUAAAGGGCAUGCACCGUUCACUGGCUCCCAAGACCCUAACCUCCCUCUCGCCUCUCUGCUGCGUAAGUGGCAGAAUCAUGUAUCGCAAGAGUGGCGUGAAAUUUCAGCGCCAGAGAGUGUCAAGGCGUUUCACACCUCGGCGCUCUCACAGUCAUUAUCGGAGGAAGUACGGAAGGCUGGCAACUGUGGUGACAUCAAUACCAGAGAGUACUACAAGCGGCUUUGGGAACAUACGGUGGCUCAUCUAUCACGCUUCCAUGACAAUGCCAACUACACCACGCUCAUCAUCCAGCGUCUUCUCGGUCAGAAGCAAGCAUGUGGCAUAUUCGAGCACCUUGAUAUGGUUCAAGAUCUGCUCCGAGAGGUGUGCUUCACGACUUCUGACGAUGGGGGCAUCAACUGCAGGCUUCAUCCGUCUCAUGUUGCCAAUGCCAUCCGUGGCAACUUGAUCGCUCCCUUCAACCAAUGGUGGUACACGGCAAUGAAAACGCUGUCUGGUGCACGACCACCAGUGUUACACUCCUAUGAUCAACUCCAACAAGCAAUAUGCAUGGUUAAAGAAGAGGCCUUGGCCUUAGGGUACAGCUCUCUGAGAGGUGCACCUCGGCAAUCGCUCGCUCCUUCCAAUCUCUACCACGCUCCCACUGCUAACCAAGCUGCCGGUGGCAACUCCAUCAGCACAUCAUUCCCCGUUGGCGUUAGCUCUCCGCCAAGCGGCAGUCAGGCGUUCUAUACGGAUGUUCCUUACGGCACGGAGGCAGGUCCGACGUUCUCUACUGGUGUUACUCAAACCACUGCUGGGGGGCAGCCAAUUAUUGCUGCUGUCACUCACACCCCAAAUGGUACCUUCAUGUCUCCUGAUGGGCUCAUCCACUAUCAUAAUGGUGCGUCGACAUGUGCGGUAAGCAACGUCUACGCUCCCUAUAGUGCUUCGGCUCUCGCUGCUAACACCUCUCUGUAUACAGGUGGAGCAUCGAAUGUCGCGGCCGCCUCUCCCAGUGGCACGACCAACCUUAGCACCUCCCCCGGUACCUCGGCAACUGCAUCGAGCUCUACGAGUGCUGGUGGCACGACUAAGAAGAGGUUGUCCUGCCGUCGAUGUUGGGCUUCCGGCCAUAAGGAUACGGAGUGCAACGUUAAGGAGCCGAAGAACAAAGACCGGCGCUGUCCGUGUGGUAGCACCCGCCAUCUCGGCAAUGAAUGCCCUAUAGCGAAGGAUGGUGCAGCUGGGUUGCUCUGCGCUCGUUGUUCAGCACGUUCACACCGUUCGGGUAUGUGCCCUUGGAGCCUCGAUGACAUAGCAGCGAAGAAGCAUAUUCCUGGCACUUCCUCCAGAGAGGGUACUCUCGGAGAGUCCAAUUUCUUGUCGGUGCCGUUGGAAGAGCUCCGAUUCGAUGGCUCAUUCGCCUUCCAUGUGGCCGCCAUCCCCCGAGACAACUCUACCCGACAUCCUGGGCAAGUACUGAAUAAGCCUGUAUCCACUAAGAUUCAGGUCAGCUCCAGGCUCCUCGCAACGGCUAUCCUCGACUCCGGUUCCGGCAAGAAUCUCGCGAGGACGUCAACGAUUCAAGCAAUUGAGGCUAGCCCCGGGAGCAAAGUGGAAUGGGAAUCGGUGCCACCUGGUGAGUCACCCGCCAUCCGUGGCAUCUCGGGUGAAAUGCUAUGCACUCAUCGUAUCGCAUGGCUCGUUGUUCAUUCCCCGAGAAGACCGCAUGAUGUUGUUCGACUACGUUUCUUCGUCUCCGACGAUAUCCUCCCGGUGCUACUCAUUGGGGUCGAAGGUAUGCGUGAUAUGCGCAUGGCCUUAACCUUCACUCCCGAUACUGUACGAGCCUACUCGGGUAUCCAAGAGGAGCAGUCGAUCGCUAGGGUUGAGGAAACUAGACCGCCGACCUCCUUGACUCCUUUGGUUGACAAGCAGGAAGAGCAGCCGGAUAUCACAGCCUAUAUCAUCGAGGAUCAGUUCGACGUGGAUCAGAGCCUCUUUGACGGUGCCGCAUUUCUACAGCUAGCGGCCGAGUCUGAGCUCCCAUUUUAUGACGAGCCUUACACACAGCUCGACCAAGACUUCUGCUACGAUCUAUAUGCAGGGUCAGGGAACCCCUCCUUACCCUGCCACCCAUCUUUCGUGGGAGGUCCGUCACUUGUGCAAGCUCUGACAUCUCCAGACUGCAGCUUCAGAGGUCUUUCGCAAGAUGGUGGCACUACCCGAUUUCUACACGAGUUUGCGUGGAUACAGUCGAGACCGUCCCCUUCGAAAAACAACUACCACUCGGCCCGCAAGAGAGCUGAGAAACUGGCAGACUCCCUCGCGAAACGCGGAUUGUUGGACGACUACACCGAGGUCUUCGAGGGCUACCUCAAGGACGAUCUUAUUGUGAAGGUCAAUGAGCAAGAGGUCCAUAGCGUCGUUUUCACCAACCACUUCCCCGUCGUGAAGGAGGCCAAUGUUGGAACCGCCACAGUAGGCAAGACGGAGGCUAAGCAGCAAGGGAGAAAGACCAAGAUCCGCCCUGUGUUCGAUUGGCGUGUGGGUAACAAGUGCCAACGGACAGGGGUUGUAAUGGACCGGUGUAUGUGGCCCUUCUUGGCCACUACAAGGCUCUAUCCUCACGCGGUCUGGUGUGAUCUACGCACUGCCUUCUUGCGAUGUCACGUCACGGUCAAGACCUCAAAAUGCUUCGGCUUCGUGCAUGCUACUGCGCGUGAGGACGGCUCGUACAACUACCACUACUACAGGUUUAGAGGAUUAUGUAUGGGGAACAAAGGGUCUCCUGCUGCCCUGCAGCUCAGUGCUGGACUGUUGGAGGCGAUGGCUAACGAGGAGAGUGCUAGGCGGCUAACGGGCGACGACACUGAUCGACCGAUUUACAGGGCCAUAAAGGACUGUCUGGUACAUGACUCGGAGGUUGAGGGCCUGGAACCAGAUCAGCUCGUCCGCCCCAGUCCUGCUGCUAUACAGCUCAAGGCUACCCUCGAGCAUGUCCAGUGUAACAAUAUCAAGAUCUUCACGGCUCAGCAAGAGAACAUGCCCGCCCGCGAGGGCCUGAAGGAUGCCAAGAGACCGGAAGAACAGGGCCCUGCGGUCCUCCAUGUCGAUGCCUAUGAUACUUCUCUGAUCGAUGCCUACCACAACACUAUAAGUCUAUCUACGGUGCUAUACCUUGGUGGUGGUCGACGAGGUAGAUACAUGGAUGAUUGGGCGAUCGGUGCGAAAACGCAAGCCAUGGCUGACGAUAUGUACGCGGGUGAUUGUGUCCUAGCGGAGGAGUUCGGUCACGAGUUUGCUCCUCGCAAGACGAAGAAAUCUUGGCAGCCGACAGAAGCUGAAGGUAUGGGCCUGGUGUGGACAUCAGACGAUAGUCUCAAGUGCAAGCCGGUAGACUUGGCCAAGUUCCGUCGUGUCUGCUCGAUGAACGGAGGCAGGCUAUCAAUUCGCGAGGUCCUAUCGGCUCUUCAUUCCUGUCAUGACCCCCUUGGCCAUUUGGGUUGGAGUACACUGGGUAUGAAGAGAAUUCUGAGGAUCGCAUAUGUGGCCGCUAAGAGCAUGGAUGACAGGCUGAAUAUGGAAGAUUCUCGAGCAUCGAUCGACCUCCUGAACGAUUUCAAUCGAGCCGUUGAGGAAGCACCGGUUCCACGAUACGUGGACUUGAACGUCGGAGUGGCGUUAUAUACCGAUGCCUCGACGUAUGCCUUGGGUACUUAUAUCUGUGGUUUGGAAACGGUCAACAUUCCCUAUGUCUGCAGCUCCAGACUCGUGCCGCUCGGUAGUGUGGGCUUCUCUAUCGUGAGGAAGGAACAAUUGGCACUUGAAUGGGGAUUGGAGUCUAUUUGCGCCCAUAUGGUACUCUUCCCCCACUCACCGAAUCGACACUUCUACAUCCUCACGGACAGCAAGAUAGUGCACUAUCGUGUCUCCAAGCUUCUGAAGGUGGCAUUGACGGUCGAUGGUCCUUCAAAGCUGUUGAAGUAUCCCAAGUCCUGGACUCAAUGGGAGUUCGCUCAUGCCAAGCGCUGUGCCAUGAUGCUCAAGGCCAUCGGUACUCUCGUCGGAUCCCACGGCAAGGUGCACUUCCGUCAUUGCCCCUCACAGUUCAACCUGGCCGAUGCCUACUCGAGAGGCAGCUCUCCCAGUACUUUAGACUGGGCUUCGGCACAGAAAUGGGUCAAUCAGCUGCACAACGCUGUUGGCUCCGUUCAGGAGCCGGAGGUUUCCCAAGCUAGUGUCGAAGUCGAAGCAGACGUUCUAUGCUAUAUUUCUGACGUGAAGAAGGAGGUACUCGACGACAUUGUUGACGACGACAUCCAGGGGCUUAUCUGCCGAGCUCAGCUAUCUGACAGCUAUUGCCAGGCUGUCCGAUUCAUUUGUUCUGGGAAGGAACAAGCUGGUUCCCCUCAAGUAGAUAUCCGAGAUUACACUAACGCCGACAGAAGCAAGCUUCGAGCGACCUUCGAGGUUGACGACGAUGGCAUCAUCAGGCUAUCGGUUGGGCGAGCCCCGGGACAUAAGGGGCCUCUUCUCGUGCCCGUCGGAGUUCAACAGCAGGUCCUCGCGCAAUAUCACGAGUUCUUCUGUCAUCGUCCACCGAGAGAUCUACAUACAGCUUUGGUCCAUAAAGUCUACUGGCGUCAUCUAAAACGGGACGUUCGACGCUUCUCUCAGUCAUGUCCUUCGUGUCAGAGAAGCAAGGGAGUCUCUAUUCAUACUGACACCCAUCCAUCCGCUAUGGGACGUGACUUCUCUAUCAAUGAGUGUAUCGCUAUUGACUGGUUGGGUGGUGUGAGAGAUGACGACGAAGACAACUGCGACCCUAUCGGCAUAGUCGGUCACAAGCGACUGGGCUCUUCAGGGUUCCAACCAAGGUUUGCACUGCACAUUGUGGACUUGCUCACACGACAUCAUACAUUCCUUCUUGCUGAGGACAAGUCCGCAGCCAGUGCACAAGAGCUAGUGGAGCAUUACUGCCUUGUUUAUGGGUACCCGAAGCUGGUUCUAUCAGACGCCGACUCUUCUUUCACUGGUCGUCACUUCUCGAGUUGGUGUCGAACUACGGGUAUCAAGCAAGCGUACAGCCCACCCUACGCCCCGUUCAGACGUGGGCAUAUCGAGAGAGCUCACGCGGAGGUAUGGGCCUCUGUGAGGGCGAUGAAAGAUGAGGCUAGGACUAGAGGCUACCCGCCGAAGCCGUGGUACUGCUAUAUACAAAGAAUAGCUUUCGCCCUCAACAAUACUGCAUCGGAGCAGCUGGGUGGCUUCUCACCUAACGACUUAGUCUACACCUACCAGACCUCUCUACCGCCCGCCCUUCUAGCAGACAAGAAGCUACCCGAGGAUCUGCAGAACUAUAUUGACAAAAAUCUGGUGCCCGAAGAACAUCACGACCAGAGAUAUCAAGGUUUCGUGGAGAAGUUUCGUCGCGAGUUCGAAGCGGCAUUGAGCCUAUAUCGGGGCCAUCUCAUGAAGGUUCUUCACGAGAACAGUCUGCGAGCGGCAAGCAAGUCCCAACGGCGUCUCAAGACCAAGGCAAGAUGGACAGGCCCCGUCAAGGUUAAGGGUAACAGCAGUGCGUCGAAGCAGCUGGUCGAUAUCGAGACCCUGUCCGGACGUCCUCUUGGACGGGUUCACGUGUUCAAUGUCAAGCGAGCCUAUCUGUCGACUCAACAACAGUCACUACUCCAACAACUAGCGUCAGGAGAUGACCAGGGCGUGGUGACUGCUGGCACGGCACCAGAAGUGGUGUCUGACUUACCACCGGUGCACUCUACGAUGUUCCCGGAUGCGCACUAUGUUUUGGGACGAAGCGUCGAGGACAAGACUCCUGUGGUGCACAUCUCUCUGGUCAAGGAACCGGUGGACACGGGUCUCUGGAUACAGACUGACUGCUGCGACCUUUGGGUCCAGUGCCCUCAGACAGUGUUCGACAGAUACAAGGACGAGUCCUUCCGAUGCGUUGAUGUCGGCCUGAACUGCCCUUUGAGCUAA